AAGCACUUCUAGCCGAGUGUCCCAAUUUAAAAAGACUCACAAUAAGAGAUUCUAGGAAAAUAAGUCCGAAAGCAUUUUUAAAAAUUCCAGGACUGGCUCCUAGUUUAGGGAUGAUAGAAAUAGGGGGGUGUUUACGGAUUAGAAAGGAUAUAAUAUCUGAUUUUCAAAACUUAUACCCAAAAAUAAAACUUAUAAUUGAGUCUGAUAAAGAAUAG